ACUCUCACACGAUUAGCAUUCGGGCCAGAGCCAAGUCAAGUGCCAAUGCGCCGGCCGCCGAGUGGUGACAAUUGCUUUUUGCAACAGACCGUUCCACGCGUAGAUUACCUUACCGAUCGGUGAUAUCGUUCGGAUCCGAUGACUGUUGUGUGGGACAUUCUAUCUCGAGUUGGUAUCUAGCUAGCUAUCGUCAUCAGCAAACGGGCGGCGGUUUAUUGUUUUUAUGCCGAUCGGAACGGUGGAUAGUGUGCGAUCUUGAAACGCAAAUUUGUGAUAGCAGUUAUAAUAUUUGUGCAACAAAUUACAGUUAUUUUAGUAUUUGCACUGGCUUGCAGUUACAUCAUCUGUAGGUAAUAAUCUCACCUGCUCAAAUUCAAGAGAAGAUCAAGAAUCCUAGUGACUAUUGUGACUUCAGUUAGUGCAAACAAUGGCGGCUGCCAUGGAGAAUAUUACGAACGUGAAACUGUAUGAUUUGAUUACCAGAUGGAUAGAAGUGCAAAAACUGCGGCCGGACUAUUGCGAUGGAAAUCCACUGAAAGUUGACGUCAUGGAUCUAACGUUGCUGCUCAAAUCGAUGGGCCUCAAGCUGGAAUACAUUGACUUUGAGAAGGAAAAACUGAACGCGGACACUCUAACCGUACAAAUCGCUUGCAAUAAAUCAGGCGUUUUGGCAAAACUUAGCUACGAUUUGGUGAACUGUUCUUGCCCGGAUAAAAACGACAAAGAAACUUCGUUUUGGGAAGUACAAGGUACUGGUCCAUCGGUAUUCUCCAAAUUUAGAAAUGACACCUCUUCGAACCUUCUCCCGGAAAUUUCCGAAAAGUGCUCUAUGGUUUCUAAGGCGAUGUUGUCCAACCUUUUGGAUUACUACCGAACUAACAUUAAAGCUAUCGAGCGAGGCGAAGAUGUCCUGCAAUCUCCGCUGAAGGUUGCUACCCCUACGAUCUGUGUUACGAGUCCAGGAUUGACCAAUCAUAGUGCCACACCAUCUGCAGAGGGAAAAAUAGUUAUCGAGGUCGAAUCAUCUAAUAUCACUGAAGCACCAAGAAUCAAAACCGCACCAGAUGGUAGCAUUAUCAGACCCAGGUCAUUGGAAGAACUUCAGGAAAGUCCGCAGAAAGUAUUAAGCGAACAAGGGGAUACUAAAUCAAACACAUCGUCGGAGAGCAUAGGAAUAAAUAACGCAACACGAGAACUAUCUGGCCACGGGACAGUAAACCCAAUAAUGAUUGAACCAACUCUUUCGAACUCACAUGUUCCUGAUGACAGCUCAUUUGCCAACAGCGAAGCCAUGAAGGCAUUGAUAACGUCCAGUCCUAACGAAAAGGUGUUCGACUCGAUCCUUAACGCCGAAUUGAACCAGGAACGGGACCUCAACGUACUCCAUUGUCUACACCAAGCGCGCCAGCAAAUUGAUGCAGCGCUUCUAGUCAUGAAGCUGAACAACCCGUACACAGAUCUUAGCAAGGCGACCACCAUUACCACCACACCACAAACGGUGAUUCGGAACAAGGGAGCUGUGCCAAAAUUAACGGAGCGAAACAUAGCCGUAGCGAGGAGAAUGUCUCUGCCAGGUCGUCCGUCCGAUUCUCCCAGGACUGCCGUAACGAACACUCCCGGUAUCCCGAGGAAGAAACCCACAGUUCCGUCGCAACUGGCUAAGGCACGUGGCGACACACCGCAUCCCGGCACCUCGAAUUACAAAGCCGUUUCAAUGCUGCGGAAAACAAGCUCGUCUACUUCUGUUGCGAGCACCGGUUCCGUGACCAAAACGUCAAGUGCGCCGACGAUGGCCUCCAGAAAACCGGUUGGCGUUACCAAACCCGUAGGAAGUGUGCGGCCAACGGCAAGCUCGGCGAUAAAGAAGACUACGUCCAUCGCUAGGUCCAUCAGUUCGACGAAAAUUGAUAAAAAGUGAUUUCAAUCGGUCGUCGUUGGGUUGUUGAAGUUGUUGCUGUUGAUUGUUUCAGGAGACACUUUUGUAAAUUUUAAUUGCUGUUGAAUCGCUAGGAAUCGAAACGUGGCUCUUAAUAAAUAAAGUGAUUCUUUAUACAAGUUUCGCUGAACUA